GGGCAAAGCCCGGGCCGGGGGGCCGCGGGGCCGCCGCUGGUGGCGGCCGCCGAUGCGGGCCCUGCCCGGCUCUUCCGCUGCCCGCAGGAAGCAGGAAGGGGAGCGGGCGGGGGGACGGGACCCCGGGGCUCCCCGGCCUCGGGUUUCCUCUCCUCUCCCGGCCCUGCGGUGGGUGGCCGGGGCCAUGGUGGUCCUGCGGGCUGGGCUGUGCCCUGGGCUCACCGAAGAGAUGAUCCAGCUUCUCAGGGCGAACGGCAUCAGGACGGUGGUGGACUUUGUGUCAUCAGACCUGGAGGAUGUUUCCCAGAAGUGUUCCCUAUCUUACAAGGCGCUCGUUGCAGUGAGACGUGUGCUCCUGGCCCAGUUCUCCGCCUUCCCUGCCAACGGCGCAGACCUCUAUGAGGAGCUCAAGAGCUCCACGGCCAUCCUGCCCACUGGGAACCGAAGCCUGGACCAGCUGCUGGACUCUGGGCUGUACACGGGGGAAGUGACGGAGCUCAUGGGAGCGCCGGGCAGUGGGAAGACACAGGUGUGCCUGGGCAUUGCAGCCAGUGUGUCUCUCAGCCUCCAGCAGCAUGUUCUGUUCCUCGACUCCACGGGGGGGUUCACUGCCUCCCGUGUUUACCAGAUGCUUCAAGGCCAGGCAAAAGACAAGGAAGAGCAGGCAAGUUCCCCUGGAGCUGGUCCCUCCACUAGCACUAAAACUGCCUUGGCUCUUGGCUGCAGACAACUCCCAGAGAUGCUGGAGGCUUUGCAGCGGAUCCAGGUGGUCCGUGUGUUUGACAUCUAUGAAAUGCUGAGAGCCUUGCAGGAGCUGCGGGACCGCCUCUCCCAGCAGGUCGUGAGCUCCAUGGGACCUCUGAAGAUCGUGGUGAUCGACUCUGUCUCGGCUGUGAUUUACCCGCUGCUGGGCGGCAAGCAGUCAGAGGGUUUGGCCAUCAUGAUGCAGCUAGCCAGGGAGCUGAAGACACUGGCCAGGGAGUUCAGCCUUGCUGUUGUGAGACUGAUAAGCCUGUUCGUGCUGCAGGUGACUAACCAGGUGACAAGGGACAGCAGCACUGGUCCACUGAAGCCAGCCCUUGGCCGCUCCUGGAGUUUUGUGCCCAGCACCCGGGUGCUGCUGGAGAGCAAAGAAGCCACCUGGGAGAAAGCCACCACGCAGCGUGUUGCUUCCUUGGCAAAGUCACCCCGACAGCCGACGGGGAUACAGGUAGAGCUGGAUACUGGAAAUGGUGUUGUGCAAGAGCUGAGCCCAGCAGCACCCACACAGGGGCUCUGAUGCGGGUGGAAAAGCAAAAGUCAAGGUCCAAGAGAGCUGCAAAAAAAGCAGGCAAGCACACUGACAGUUUUACAGACUGCCUCUGAGUCCUGCAGCCCUGGGAAGGACCAACAUGAAGCUCUUGUUUUUCUGCGCUGGGAAGAAAAUGAGCAUGAGGUUCCCUGGAGUUCUCCUUGCCUCAGCAGAUGCUGCCUGCAGUGGCUGGGCUGUGUGGGCAGCAUGACAACCAGGUCCUCUCCUCUGCUGCAGGCUUGUCUUCAACUGGCAGAGCCAGUCCUGUCCUCAGGUGUUGGCUUGGGACCAGCUGGCUUGUCCCUGCACAAACACAUGACUCCUUGUGGUGGUUUUGUUCCCCCCAUAACUCGCUGCCCUCUGGUCCUGGAGCUCUGAUCAUACUUGGGCAGCCCACAGUGGUCUUGGGUCAGAAAUAAAAAAGAUGUUGCACACUG